AUGCUCACCUCGGAUAACAACUCUCCCACACAUUCGCAAUCCACAGAAGAAUUCGACUGGCAAUCUCUGUUGGCGACUUCUCCUGAUCGACCUUCAACUGGGAAAGAAGGAAGCACAAUCAAUACGAAAGAGGACAGCUCGCCAGACCGUAUAAUCACAGCAGUAAAGCCAUCUAACAAGAUCUCACAAGCAGAGCCUAAACGUUCAAUGGAAGCUGCGCAUCAAAUCAUUCCACAGACAGCAAAAACCAAAUCCCACCUCACUCUAUCAGAGAAGGAAAAGCGUCUUAAUUUAUUGAAAAAAGAGCGCUACAAACGAUACAAAGCUGGUGUAAAGAAGAGGACGGGGUAUUCUAGUAUGUAUGAAGCUAGAAUGCAUUAUCUUCGUACUUUAGAGGCACGUGGAAAAGGUACAGAUGAGCAAUUGGCACUUUUAAACAAACAUAGAGCAAAGAAGAAUUCACGGACAAGAAGAUAUCACGCUAAGAUGAGAUUAGAGAAAAAUCCCGAAGGAGCAAUAAAAGAAGAUUUGCGUAUAUCCAAAACAUUCGGGGCAGUCAAUCUGCUAAAAUACUCUCGCUUCAGGCAUUCUAUCGAGCCCUUGCGUGCAGGUGACGAAAGCGAUUCGUCUUCAUCGGAAUUUGAUUGGACGAAUUUCUUGGUUACUUCUCCAUCUCAGAAUGUUAUAAACCAAUUACAUCCUCAUUCUCCAAAAUUACCUUCUGCUGGCUUACCUGUGUCACAAACAAGCGCACCUUUAAGCACAAGCGAAACGAGUAAGAAGGUCAAACAAGAAAGAUACAAGCGAGUAUGGGAACAAGAAAAGAAACGAUUUGAACUUGCAACGCCAAAAGGGAAAGAGGAAUUGUUAGCAUCAAAAAAUGCAAGACAAGCGAAACAUAGAAGAAAAUUGAAAGAAUUGACUGGGUAUACACGUAGAAGUGAUGCUCUGCUUGCUCAAAUUAGGAUUAUGAAAGAACAGGGAACUGCUACUGAAGAACAGUUGGAGUACCUUCGAAAUGAGCGUGACAAAAACCGUGUACAUCAGAAACGGCAGAGAGAUAGACGACGUGAUAAACUUAGGUUAGAAAGACAAAGCAAACGAACGUCAAAAGAAAACCCGCCGAACACUCAGCAGCAUUCCUCUCCCUUGACCGUGGCAAAGAAGACCGUGGCAAAGAAGAGCACAAGUCCAAAUGCAAGCAGAAUCAUUGCCGAGGCGAAGAGUCAGAAGUAUAAGAGGCAAUGGCAACAGGAGAAAGCAAGAUUUGAAGCUGCCACACCAGAAGAGAAAGAGUUUAUCAUGGCUUCAAAACGGGCAAGGCAAGCGAACCUAUCCAAUGCAGGAAAGACCUCUAGACCUUCUUCACCUCAUGCAGUUUCUUCUGACGACUUUGAUUGGACGGCCUAUUUGAUGGAAGACAUAGGUCCAUCAUAUAUAAGCUAUGUUCCCACCCAACAAGACCACAGUGGUGCGCAUCAUCAUACCGAAGCAACGAUUGAACAGCAAUCAAAGCCAAUGAAGCCAAGAAAAGAGAUGAGCGAGGAAAGACGUAUCUCAAGGAAAAAAUCUUACUAUAAAUACAAAGCAAAACAAGCAUCAAAAACGCCGGAAGAGAAACAGGCCGAUCUUAUAAAACGAAGAGAACAGCAACGACGUAAUCACAUCAAGACAAAAGAAAUGACUGGAUUCACAACUCUACAUAACGCAAGAGUUAGUCAUUUCCGUGAAUUGGAAAGUAUUGGUCAAGCGUCCGAUGAGCAAUUACGAUAUCUGAAUAAAGAUCGUGAAAGGAAAAGGGUAUCGAAAUUGAAAAAGACAUUGAAGCUACAUGCCAGUGGACUAGUGAAGCAAAAAGUUAUCAAGAAGAAACCAGAAAAUAAAAACCCUGAAGGACCCAACAGUUCUUCACAAGUGUAA